CGGGGAUUAGCGCAGGGUGGGCUCGCCCCUGGCGCCGCCAUUUCUCUGCGUCUUCCGAGACCCGUCCUCGUCUCGGGCCGGCUGGGCGUCUCUCCCCGAGGGUCGUGCGCGCCUGUCGUCGUGGUCUCGGUGGCUGCACGGUCUUUACCCCCCCAGUCAAGGUUGUCGGGGGUCUUCCUCCCGGCUGUCGUUUUCACCGCUGGUUUUGUGGUGGCAGAAAUGCUGAGCUUCCUGAGAAGAACGCUUGGCCGCCGGUCCAUGCGCAGACAUGCUGAGAAGGAGCGACUCCGCGAGGCUCAGCGCGCUGCCACGCACAUUCCUGCCGCGGGAGACGCCAAGUCCAUCAUCACGUGCAGGGUGUCCCUUCUGGAUGGCACCGAUGUCAGUGUGGACUUGCCGAAAAAAGCCAAAGGACAAGAGCUGUUUGAUCAAAUUAUGUAUCACCUGGACUUGAUUGAAAGUGACUAUUUUGGUCUGAGAUUCAUGGAUUCAGCCCAAGUAGCUCAUUGGUUGGACAGUACGAAAAGCAUCAAAAAGCAAGUAAAAAUUGGCUCUCCCUACUGUCUUCAUCUUCGAGUCAAGUUCUAUUCCUCGGAACCAAACAAUCUUCGGGAGGAGCUGACCCGGUAUUUAUUUGUUCUGCAGUUAAAACAAGAUAUUCUCAGUGGGAAAUUAGAGUGUCCUUUUGAUACAGCCGUUCAGUUGGCAGCUUAUAAUCUGCAAGCUGAACUUGGCGACUAUGAUCUUGCUGAACACAGUCCUGAACUUGUCUCUGAGUUCAGGUUUGUGCCCAUUCAGACUGAAGAGAUGGAACUGGCUAUUUUUGAGAAAUGGAAGGAAUACAGAGGUCAGACACCAGCACAAGCUGAAACCAAUUAUCUGAAUAAAGCCAAAUGGCUAGAAAUGUAUGGAGUUGAUAUGCAUGUGGUCAAGGCUAGAGAUGGGAAUGACUAUAGCUUGGGACUAACUCCAACAGGAGUCCUUGUUUUUGAAGGAGAAACCAAAAUCGGCUUGUUUUUCUGGCCCAAGAUAACCAGAUUGGAUUUUAAGAAGAAUAAACUAACUCUAGUGGUUGUGGAAGAUGAUGAUCAGGGUAAAGAACAAGAGCAUACCUUUGUCUUUAGACUAGAUCAUCCAAAGGCCUGCAAACACUUAUGGAAAUGCGCCGUGGAGCACCAUGCCUUCUUCCGUCUCCGAGGACCUGUCCAAAAGAGUGCUCAUCGAUCAGGAUUCAUUCGCCUAGGAUCGCGGUUUAGAUAUAGUGGAAAAACAGAAUAUCAGACCACAAAAACUAACAAAGCAAGAAGAUCAACCUCCUUUGAAAGAAGGCCCAGUAAGCGAUACUCCCGGCGGACCCUCCAAAUGAAAGCAAGCACAACAAAACCUGAAGAUCUUGGUGUUCAUAAUGCUUCAACCCAGAAUAAUGACUCCCAACAGGCUUGGAGUAUGAGGUCUCCUGUGCCUGUGACUUCUUCCUCAUCUUCUGGUUCGGUGCUGGUGGAGAUAGAGAAUCUUCCACAGAAUUCUGCAGUAAACCAACACGACAGGAAAUGCUUGCCCCUGAGUGUUGAUUUGCUAAAUAGCCCAGACUUACUAGAAACAACCACUGGUGAUGUAACAAGGACAUCAGAUACUUGGGAAACAUCCGCAGCACCAGAUGACAUUAAUGUGGCCACCAGGCCAAAUGAAUUAGAGGAGCCCAAAGUUGAAUGUGAGAUGUUAAAAGAUGACACAGAGAAGCUCAAGCAGCUGGAAAUGGAGCAGAAUAUCUUGCCAUCUCCACGACCUCCCAUUGACAUUAAUGUCAACAGCCAGGAAGAAGUGGUAAAGUUGACCGAGAAAUGUCUUAAUAACGCCAUUGAGAGCCCAGGAUUGAACGCAGUGAAGGUUCCUCCUGACUUCAAGAGCAAUAUUUUGAAGGCUCAAGUAGAAGCAGUGCAUAAGGCUGCAAGAGAAGACAGUUUAACUCAUAAAAAUGUCAGCGUUCAAGAUGCUGCCACAAACAGUACUGUAUUAGAUGAAAAUAAUGUGCCCCUCUGCAAAGACCCCCUCACUCUGAUGCACGCCACAGCUGCAGACAGUGGAUCUGUACUGAAGGAUGCUACAGAUGAAUUGGAUGCCUUACUUCUUUCUCUGACUGAGAAUUUGAUGGACCACACAGUCACACCCCAGGUGUCUUCAUCAUCUGUGUUCACGCCCCGGUGGAUUAUUCCACAGAGUGCUGCCGCCAUCUCCAGCAGGCUCCCAGGGUGUGGAACAUCUGUGUCGGGGACAGAAGGGUGUGGCACUAAAGAUUCAUUCUCACUGAUGUCCGCCCCAGCCCCGUUCUUGGUAGAUGCUGUGACCAGCUCUGCUCCUCUGGCUGACGAGUCAGCCUUGAAGCAGAAGUGCUUGCUGACUACUGAGCUCUGAGGGUCGCUGCUCCCCACUGUAUCCGCAAGGCCCCGCGCUGUCCUGUUAGCCCUGGAUCCAGCUGAGUGAGUCCUGUACUUGGGGAAAACCUUCUGCCUGGAUUUGACUUCAACUCCGUGAAGAAAGUAGCUACAUUCUCCGUCCAACUGGAAGUCUACCCCACAUAACUGAAGAUACCUCCUCCCCUUCCGUAACUUGAUUUGCAUUGCCAAUUCCCCAGUCAACAAAAUUCACUGGUUUCCUUCGGACUCUUGGCUCCACCUAGCGGUUGCAACUGUUAGAACGACUUCUGGCAAGGCUUGCUGUCGGGAGCAUGUUCAUUGCUGUGUCCUGUAAUGUCAGGGUGGACACACCUGACCUCGGUACCUGCUGGAGAAGCGAAUGGCAUUUUCCUGCGGAUUACCUGGAAGUCAGAAUUUAGGAGACAGAUGAAAACACUGUGAGGUAGAUCUUAGGCCAGCUCUCACAUAGUUACUAGGACUCUUCGGGAAGCCGAGAACAUAGAGGGAUGUAUGUCAUCCACACUUUGAAUCCUGAGCAGUAAUGAUCUUACUGCUCCGAAUUUACUAGAGAUGAAUGUUAGGAACUACAGAGAGAUCAUCUCCAAGUGUGUGUUUCCCAGACCCCCUUUCCUGUAGAUAGCACCGGCAUCAUUCCCCUGUCUGUGAUUGCAGCGUGGGAGGGAGCAGGUGUCUGGUCAGACUUCAGGCCUCAACCUCAGGCCUGUGCUCUCCUUCUGGGCCGGUGGGGAAUGCAGCCCUACCAUGCUUAGCGGUUUGAAGGUCAGUUCAGCGGUGCUCCACACGGGACUGUUUAGACGCAGCCUCUAGUUCCUUUCCGUGUACGCUGAGUUUGUUGACGGCUUUCAAGCUGAAAAGAAAAACCCUGGGCAGAGGUGGGAAUGGCGGUGAGAGAGAUUGGGAUCUUGGCUGAAUCCCCCAGGAAGCUCUGCACAGUAUCGUGAGUGAAGUCAGCUUACAUUAGGGUUCUGUAUUCGUUUUUCAAGUUUUCUAGAAUUCCCCAUUCUUUGUCGGAAAAGAAGUCCUGAUGUUCAAGUAGCGCAUGCUCGUCUAGAAAAGUGUAGGAAAUGGCCCUGUAACCCCAGCCCAGAAACGACACUGAAGGAGUGCUGACUGUGGGCUGAAGGACCAGGACCUCAGUUGCCAUGGGGAUGGGGAUGCUAUGCAGACAGUGGUAAAGCCCUUGGUGUUGCCUUGUUACCAAGCACUGCUGUUAAGCUGUCUCCCGGAGUUCGUUCCGUGUUCUGCCCGUCAUGUGGUGUGUGUGGUGGAGCACUCAUUCUCCUCAGCUAAGAGGACACCAGCUGAGGUGAGGACCGCAGGAACACUGCCAUGAGAUGCAUGAGCUACCUGCUCUGGAGUCGUUAAGAUGCUGUGGGAGGGACUAUUGUCUGCUUAGGCAAAUGCUAGUACCUGUCUGGGAAGCUUGGGGGUUCAGUCUUCCAGUUCCCAGGGGAGCUUCCCAGAUUAGAAACCACUUUUGCUAAAGGAGACAGAAUUGCCCUUCUUGCUGGCUGGCUCCCCUUAGCCAGCAGGCAGCUCAUGCAUUUCAUUGGCAGUCUUUUUGCCAGUCCUCAGUGAUAAGCUGUUUCUCACAGUUGGACACCUAGAACCCGGGGCUUGAUCCAGUACCUACUGGACUAGGUAUCAGAUUUCCAGUGUCUGGAAGAACUGGACAGUCUCGUCAGUUAGCUGUCCUGCAGCUAAGGCAUGGUGGCUUAGAAGUCCUAAUUGUCCGUCCUGUUUAGGAUAGAGCACUGUCCUUCAGGUACCCCAUAACGUUUGUGUCUCCAGAUACUGAAUUCCUGCAGUCAGAAUAUUGCUAGGGACUUCGUCAGGAUUCACUUGAAUCUGCACUAAAAAGAAAAGAAAUCCUAUGUCCUGGUGUCAAGUAGUAAGUUUAGAAUUAAUAUUUGAGUGAUGCAUUUGCCCUGACAGACUAGACACUUGUCAGAUACGUGUCCUGUGCUGCACAGGACAUGUGUUCUGCUCCUCUGAAAAUGGCGGCGGUCUAGCAGGACAGGCCUGCGGGCACCUGUAGAAGUGGUGGAGUGGGGCAGUAUGGGAAGCAGUGGAGAAGGCAGACAGUGAGGCCGGAGGGGAAAACUGCGUUAGGAAGGGCAGCUGCCUGCUGCGUGCCCAGGGGAGCAUCUAGACAAAGUUGGCAUUGUGUCCCUGGCUGGGGUGGGGACUUGGCAUGGAAGUUUCCAGUAAGAUGUGAAGGUUGCAGUUAGCAGACCUAGACUCCACCUCAGCACUGGGAAAGGAGUCUGUACAUGGAAAAGAUCUGGAGACAGACAGUCCUUUCACACAGGCAGGACUCCUGGUCGUCUUUCCUCAUCCUCGGGAGCCUGCGGAACAGAGCUACGAGAAGACUCCUUAGCUUCUUACAUUGCUCUGAGAAAAGCUAGUGAAAAGCAUUCCUUACACGUCCUGCUGGCUGUCGGUAGGCACUUGCUUUGCCCAGGCUCGGGUGCCCUGGGUGUGUCUGGGGAUGAGAUCCCUGAGCUGUUUAUAGGAUCGACUGCUUGUUCUUCUUCCCAUUUAUGGCCAAAACGUGGACCUCUGUUCUCUUAACUGAGCCCAGGCAGUACUUGUCUGCUGGUCACUCGGCUGAUGAAAAGUUGGAAGUUUGUUUCUUUCUGUUGUUGUUGUUGUUUUCUGAGACAGAGUUUCUGGUGUAGCCCUGGCUGUCCUGGAACUCACUCUGUAGACCAGGCUGGCCUCGAACUCAGAGAUCCACCUGCCUCUGCCUCCCGAGUGCCGGGAUUAAGGGCGUGCGCCACCACCGCCUGGCAACUUGGCUGUUUUCUAAGUAAGGGUUUUAAGAAACAUCAUUCUUGUCUUCUCAUUCAGCAAGUGUCGUCUACUCAUGUGUUUUUCACUUUGUGCUGUUGUUUUGAGACACGGCCUCACUAUGUAACCCAGGAUGGUCUGGAACUCAUAGCAGUUCUCCUGCCUCAGCUUUCCAAGUGCAGGGAUCCAGUCAUGAAUGACCAAGCCCAGCACACACUUGUGCUGACAGGUUUUCGCUUGGUUGGUUUAUGGUUUUGAGUUGCUAGGGAUCAGAACCAGAACCUUGGGCGGAGAAUGGUGGCGCAUGCCUGUAAUCCCCGCUCUCAGCAGGCAGAGGCAGGUGGAUCACUGUGAGCUGCAGGCAAACCAAGGCUCCAUAGUGAGACCCUCGUCCCACUCUGCCACGGAGCUGUCUCCAGAUGCAGUAAGUUUGUUCUCUGGAGAGCUAGAGCUGGCAAAGAGUCCCCACUCAGUUCUGCUGGCACGGCCAGGGUCGUCACAGGGGGCAUGGCUGUGUUCACUAACGCUGAUUUACAGCCAGGCGCUAAGCCAGCGGUCCUCAGCCUGUGGGUCAUCACCCCUGUUGGGGUCGUAUAUCCAGUACUCUGAAUAUGAGGUAUUUACAGCAUGGUUCAUAACAGCAGCAAACUCACAGUUUGAAGUAGCAGCAGAUGAUUUUACGGUUGGGGUCCCCACAGCAUGAGGAGCUGUAUUAAGGGUCACGGCAUCGGGCAGGUUGGGGACCACUGCAAGUGCUGGUCCCCAGCUCCGAGAGCAGAGGAGUGCUGCCUGGAGUUCAGAGCAUCGUGUCCUUGUCCGUGAUGCCGCAGGAGGAGAUGGUGGGUCUCAGCCGUGAGAGUCCUGCUGAGAUCCCUUUAUGUAAUCCAGCUCUUGGCCGGGAGUUGAGUGGACUCUGGGAUACAACUGUGUGAUAAAGGAUGUGUGUUUGUCGUCAUUUGUGCGUUUUUUCUGGAAAAAAAUUAAAGACUGG